AUGUCCGUGUGUCAUACCAUAGAGAAUAACGGGGAAGCCGGUAUCAGACUAAGCAAAAUUUACCAAUCAUUUGUUGCAGCAGCCGUGGGUCACCACGAGUUAAAUUUUAUCGAGAGAGACGUGAGGAAUUACAUCACGAGAGAAGUGCAGAAUGUUUCGGAACUAGACGAUGCAAAAGAAUUUGGAAAAUACUUAUUAAGAAUGAAAAAGAAGAAUCAGAAUUUCUUUUUCGAGCUCGAACUCGAGGACGAUCAGUCGAUUAAGCUUGCUUUUUGGGCGGAUGCAAGGAGCAGAGCUGCGUGUGAGUAUUUCGGAGAUGUUAUUCAUUUGACACCACCUAUAAUACAAACAGGUAUAAUCUGUUAUUUCAAUGUUGGCUUCGUUGCAUGGGAGGAAAUGCUCCGAAAGAGAUUCUCAUCGAUCAAUGCAAAGGGCUAUCAAGGCUUCUCAGCAUUCAACGAGUUUGCAGUUACGUACGACUCGGUAGCAGCCCAAGUUAAAUGCCAGUGCUUAUUAUUCGAGUCAAGAGGGAUAUUGUGCCGUCACUCCCUAAGCGUGUUGAGCUUUGAACGAGUAACCAAAGUGUCACCAAGAUACAUAUUGGAACGAUGGAGCAAGAAUGUAAAGAAGAGACACACACACAUCAAGAGCAACCACGAUGCGCAAUUGUUGGCACCAAGAAGCAAGAGAUUUGACGAAUUGUUGUUUCGUUCGCAAAAUAUAUGUGAAUUUACAUCAGAAUUCGAGGUGCUCACCGCCAUUCUGCACUGUGCCUACGAUAAUGUCGUGGUUGAGAUGGAAGAACUAAAAGUUAAAAGGAAGGGGACAUGUUCGUUAUCUCACGAAGAUGAUAGCUUAGAAUCUGUUAACGAGCUUCAAAGCCCUCCAAUGGUUCGAACAAGAGGACAUCCAAAAAAUAGGCUAGGUUCAAAGUUGGACAAACAGAUUGCAAAUGCCUCAAAGAAGAAGAAAAUGAAAGUUCUAAGCGAGUUAAACCUUUUUUAUGCUGCAUCAGUGGUGCAACCAAAUUCCAACCAAUAUCACGAACAUGUUAUAAAUUAUCAAUUCAGGGAUCCAGUAGCUAGGGAUAGAUUUUUGGGUGUAUAG